AAGCGCCUCGCAUUAUGGCUCUGAAAAACAGCCAAGCAGUUUAAUCCUCUUAAGAAUUCCUGAUCAGGAUCUAUUCCCAGAGCCUCACUGAACGCCAGAAUGGCAGCUAUAAGCAGGAGUUUAAGCAUCCUGCAGGUCGAGAGUCUGUCCAGGUGCCUUCUCAGGGCUUGUGGGCUUCACACAACGCCCAGCCAGCUGAAUUCGAAUCGGACGUCCAUCGCUUGCUUUCCAAGAUUGAAGUACGCCCGGCUGUAUCCGGUCCUACUGGUUAGACUGGACGGAUCUACAGUGCAUCUCCGGUACAAAGAGCCAAGGCGUAUCAUUCAGAUGCCCGUGGACUUCAGCACCCUCCCCGAGGCCGAAAGGAGAAGCCGGUUGAGGAGGAAGAGCCUGAUGAAGUCCAAGAAAGGACAAGAAGAAGUUGCAACGUUUGAAGACGACUUUCAACAGGAAUAUUACGAGAAAUUUUGGAAUAAAAAAUGAGGGAGGGUUUGGUUUUUUUUGGUAGUUAAGAAAAACAAAAUUCCAUGGCAGUAAAUAACUAGAAUGUUAUAGGAGGUGCAAAGGAAUGACGAUCCACCCACAAAUAAAGAGAUUUA